CCAGCUGAAUUUUCUUGGUGCCAGCCUCGAGCAGUUAACCCCCAAUCUCUUCCAUACCUCGACACGAACUAUACUCGAGCAAGAGACCCUCGUCCAUUCCCGGCCGUUCAUCUUCCGUGAUACAAUGGUUAUUAGAUUGAUCGAUACGAAAUCAGGGGGGUUUGUUCUUUUCGAAAGAGAAGAAGAAAUUCCUCCCUACGCAAUUCUUAGCCAUACAUGGGUCCACGGGGAAGAGAUUUCCUUCAAGGAAAUGCAAGAGAUUUCAAAUGAUCCCAACCAUCCCGCGCGAGAACGGUCCGGAUUCCGCAAGAUAGCGAACACAUGUUACCAAGCCCGAGGACAUAUGCUCGACUUCGCUUGGAUCGACACAUGCUGUAUUGACAAGAAAGAUCCGACCGAACUAGGAGAAGCCAUCAAUUCCAUGUUCAAAUGGUACCAGCAAGCAGCCAUUUGUUACGUAUACCUAGAAGAUUAUUCCGAAAUGGGAUCACUGGGAGGCUGCCGUUGGUUUUCAAGAGGAUGGUGUCUUCAAGAGCUGAUUGCACCAAAUAGGAUAAUAUUCUACGACCGGCAUUGGGAGCGAGUAGGCGAUAAGUUAAUGCUAGAGGAUUAUUUAUCCGACAUUACCAAUGUUGACAAGGAUAUCCUUCGUGGUGAACAAUCCUUAGACACAGUACCAAUAGCGAGAAGGAUGUCCUGGGCCGCAAAAAGGAACACCGCUAGAAUUGAAGACCAGGCAUAUUGCUUACUUGGAAUAUUUGAUAUUCACAUGCCUUUGCUUUACGGGGAAGGUGCUAACGCAUUCAUACGGUUUCAAGAGGAAAUAAUCAAAAGGUCUGAAGACCUCUCUAUCUUCGCCCCAGCCGCAGACGUCAUAGACAGCCAGGACGUCCCAGCCCAGCCUUGCAACCUACUAGCAACGAGCCCCAAAGAAUUCGCAAAUUUUGGACAGCUCACUCCUACGAGGGGGCUAGAUCUGACCGCACAACCAUUCACGAUGACCAACUUUGGUCUGAAUUUUCUUCAGCAAGAACUUGGCGUGUUUGUCAGUUGGGAGGAGCCAAUCUAUACAUUAUCAUUACAGUGCGAACUUGGACCCAACCAAAAGUUGUAUCUUCGCCUGCAGCAGAUCGCUCCCUCGAGAUUCAUACUGGUGAGAGGUUCGCGCGGAUUGACUCAGACAACAGACUCCCCUCAGGAAUUCUGGAGCACGGGGAGCAUCUAUAUCUCAGCUAAAUUCACGCCAGGUAUCAAAUCACUCAUCGAUAUUUCGUCAAAGCGCAUCAUUCGCUUUACCAUAGGGGGAGGAACCAAGAUAGGAUUUACCCCUGCCGACGACGAGAGUAGGCUUCAAUGGGACCACAGCCGUAAAGCGUUCUUCCUCACGUCGCGUAUCACUUACGUAUCAGUGAAGUUUGACAUACCCGGGAAGAUUAACAAUUACAUAUGUUGUUGUAUCAACCGAUCAAAUAAAUACGUCCGAUUCUGGACCUCGGGAGUUUGGGGUUCUGCGGAAAGAGACUCUAGAUCGGAACGCGAUGAACGGCGUCGGGCUAAAUAUGGGAAUAAACAUGCGGACGAAAUUCGAUUAAAUUCUACUAUGGCUAAAGUAAAACUGCGAGAGGAGGAAUACGGGUACUCUGUUGCGUUGAGAUUCGAUGACGAAUAACGGUGAACAAUAGGUACUAUAUCUAGGGACAGCUAGAAUUUCGCGUGGCAUACUUGGGUAAAAAUCACGAUGGGUGGUAUACGGUAACGGUUUGACAGGCGAACCAAUACUAACAUGUAUGUCCGUGCUAUUAUGCUAUUAUGAUAGGUCCCCUGAUAUAUAUCCUACUUAUAAAGUAAUAUAAAUAUUAAAAUAAAAAU